AUGAAGCAGAACUGGGCAUCAGGGCUGGAGGAGGACGCGUUAACGAGCUGCAGUAGGCAGAUAGGCUUUGUUGGCCGAAAGUCGGAGGACUGGCAGCCCUUGCGCUCGAAGAAGAGCAACGCCUACAGCCUUCGGUGGAUCACACGCCAACCCAAGGAAGAUGACAGCCGCGCAGCUGAGCCACCACGCAACAUCAUGAUCAACAGGGAAAAGGUGAACGGUGUCCCGAUUUCAUCGGACUUCGGUCCACAGUCAACACCCAUGGACGCUACCGUCAAGAACUCACGAAGCGAACCCGACCGGGAGAGGGUCCCUGCGCUGCGUCCCCGCCGGCCCCCCAGCAGCCUGCGGACCGGAGGGUCAAACCAGGCCGAACAGAGUCGAGGUGGAGGCCGAGCGGAGCCGAGCGGGGCCGGGCGGGACCGAAGGAGCCGAGUGGGCCGAGCGGGGCCGGAAAUAACCGAGCGGGACCGAGGAGAGCCGAAAGUGGCCGAGCAGGACCGAGGAGAGACGAGCGGGGCUGGGCGGGGCCUACCGCCGCCCGUGCUGCCCGGGCCUUUCUUUAUGCCGUCGGACCGAUCCACCGAGCGCUGCGAGACCGUGCUGGAGGGCGAGACCAUCUCGUGCUUCGUCGUGGGCGGCGAGAAGCGCCUGUGCCUGCCGCAGAUCCUCAACUCGGUGCUGCGGGACUUCUCGCUGCAGCAGAUCAACUCGGUGUGCGACGAGCUGCACAUCUACUGCUCGCGCUGCACGGCCGACCAGCUGGAGAUCCUCAAAGUCAUGGGCAUCCUGCCCUUCUCGGCGCCCUCGUGCGGGCUCAUCACCAAGACGGAUGCCGAGCGCCUGUGCAACGCGCUGCUCUACGGCGGCGCCUUCCCGCCGCCCUGCAAGAAGGAGCUGCCGGGCAGCGGCUCCUUGGCGCUGGGCCUGGAGCUCAGCGAGCGCAGCUUCAGGGUGUACCACGAGUGUUUCGGCAAGUGCAAGGGGCUGCUGGUGCCUGAGCUCUACAGCAGCCCCAGUGCCGCCUGCAUCCAGUGCCUCGACUGCCGCCUCAUGUACCCUCCACACAAGUUCGUGGUGCACUCGCACAAGGCGCUGGAGAACCGGACUUGCCACUGGGGCUUCGACUCGGCCAACUGGCGGGCCUACAUCCUGCUGAGCCAGGACUACACGGGCAAGGAGGAGCAGGCACGUCUGGGCCGCUGCCUGGACGACGUCAAGGAGAAGUUCGACUACGGCAACAAGUACAAGAGGCGAGUGCCCCGGGUGCCCUCUGAACCCCCGGCCUCCAUUAGGCCCAAGGCAGAUGACACCUCCUCCCAGUCACCUGCGGCCACAGAGAAGGACAAACAGUCCAGCUGGCUCCGGACGCUGGCUGGCUCCUCCAACAAGGGCCUGGGCUGCGUGCACCCUCGCCAGCGCCUCUCCGCCUUCCGACCCUGGUCCCCUGCAGUGUCCACCAGCGACAAGGAACUCCCCGCCCACCUCCCAGCACUGAUCCGAGACAGCUUCUACUCCUAUAAGAGCUUCGAGACAGCCGUGGCUCCCAAUGUGGCCCUUGCACCACCAGCCCAGCAGAAGGUUGUGACCAGCCCACCAUGUGCCACCGUCGUCUCCCGGGCCCCCGAGACCCUCUCUGUGUCCAUCCAGCCACGGAAGCGGAAGCUGGCUGAGGAGAACCCCGUGGUCCCCGCGAGCCUGGUGCCUCUCGCUGUCCCAGAGGAGGACAAGGACUCGGAGGCCGAGGUCGAAGUGGAGAGCAGGGAGGAAUUCACCUCCUCGCUGUCCUCGCUCUCGUCCCCGUCCUUCACCUCGUCCAGCUCCGCCAAGGACCUGAGCUCCCCCGGUGUGCACGCCCCGGCCCCUGCCAGCUCCGCUCUGGACAACUCGGCCCACUCGGACGCCCCGGGUGCAGGUCUGGAGGCCGAGCUGGAGCACCUCCGGCAGGCGCUGGAGAGCGGCCUGGACACCAAGGAGGCCAAAGAGAAGUUCCUGCACGAGGUGGUGAGGAUGCGGGUGCGGCAGGAGGAGAAGCUGAGCGCCGCCCUGCAGGCCAAGCGGAGCCUCCACCAGGAGCUGGAGUUCCUGCGUGUGGCCAAGAAGGAGAAGCUGCGGGAGGCGACGGAGGCCAAGCGGAACCUCCGGAAGGAGAUCGAGCGGCUGCGGGCCGAGAACGAGAAGAAGAUGAAAGAGGCCAACGAGUCCCGUGUGCGCCUCAAGCGCGAGCUGGAGCAGGCGCGGCAGGUCCGGGUGUGCGACAAGGGCUGCGAGGCCGGCCGCCUGCGCGCCAAGUACUCCGCCCAGGCUGAGGAGCUGCCCAACCCGAGCUCAGAUCCUGCUUGCUUCCACCGGCCUCCAGACCUGGAGACAGGCGAGCCCUGGGCAGAGGUGUCCGGCCAGUUGGAGGUGGGCCCUCCUGCUCCCUGGCCUGGCAGCUUCAGCAAGCAAGAAAUAGCCUAA